CCUAAUCCCUCCGUAUGGUCUCCGUUGACCCCCGUAUCGUCUCGUAUCUUGCCGUGCUCGUCUGGUCGUGUCGUUUCGUCAAGUCAAGUCAAAUUUCGCUAGAGGCAGCGACAAGACCACUCGAAGCUUAUGCCUAAGCCCAAUCCCCGGCCAGUACUCGUAGCAGCCCCAAGGCAAGCCCAACGGCAACCACGGGCAGCGCAGCACAGCACAACACAGCACUCCUACUGAGCACACACAGUCCCAUCCCUAAACAAUCCACGUUGUUUCGGAAAGAUCUAGAAGGCAGCUCUUUCCACGCAGACACCAUCAAUCCUGCCUGUACCUGUGCCUGGUCUGUUCUAGUACUAGUGUGGCUAUCACCGUAGUGCCACCCAAACUCUUCAGCAUCGCAGAAAUUGCUGGUGUUGUCAUCGUCCCUUGUAUCGCCGUCGCCGACGGGUACGAGUACAGUACAGUACAGUACAAGAUCGCCCUUGUCCACUCCUCGCCCAUCCCCAUCCCCAUCCACCACGUCGGAUCAGCAUAAUCUAUUCCUCCCACCCCCUCGCUUGCUUCGGCCCAUCCACUUUCUUACGCGGCCAUCGAUUGUCCGUCCUCGUCUCAGGACCAACGCAAACCUGCAAUCGGGAGGCAGUACAAGGCACAUCACCACAUCACCACAUCACCCUCGAGCAACAAUCCACCAAGUCGCUUGCACUGCACUGCACCGCACUCGAUCCCCCCGAACACACCGCGUCCUGCAUGCACAUUGCUCUCCAGUCGAACAUGCCUACGGGCAGAAACACAGGAGUCAAGAAUCAAUCCGACCGGUAGACUAUUUGGUCACAGACAGUCGUCAGAAUGGGAAACUCGCACGGAAAACAGGUGUGCUUCGAUGAGCAGGGUAAGCCAUGUCCUGGGGAAAGCCACUGGGAUAGAUCCUCUCAAUUGGCAUAUCAACAGCACCAUUAUUACAAUCCUACUGUUGCGAACCGCAUGGAGUCUUGGCUAACUAGUGUUUGAUCCGUACAGUGAAUCUCAACCAUUUCCGAUUAUUGCGCGUCGUAGGAAAGGGUGCCUUUGGAAAGGUCCGAAUUGUGGAGCGCAAAGAUACGGGGUUGACAUUUGCAUUGAAGUACAUUCGAAAAGAUGAGGGUCCGUCAGCACCGGAAUCCGCUGCAUACACGUUUACUGACAUGACCGGUGCGCAGUGGUGCGAUCCGAGAGCGUAAGGAAUAUAUUACGAGAGCGGCGGAUGUUGGAGCACUUGAACUACCAGUUUAUAUGCAAUUUGCGCUACAGUUUUCAAGACAUUGAGUACAUGCGAGUAAUUCUCGAGCUCCUCGACCGAUAAGUGCUGAUCCAAUUUCCAGGUACUUGGUGGUGGAUUUAAUGAACGGAGGCGAUCUGCGAUUUCAUAUCUCCAGAAAGACGUUUACGGAGGAAGCGGUUAAGUUCUGGAUUGCCGAGUUAGGCUGUGCCUUGAGAUACAUUCACAGUCAAGGAAUAAUACAUCGCGAUGUCAAGCCUGAUAAUGUAUUACUGGAUUCCGAGGGCCAUAUUCAUUUGGCGGAUUUUGUGAGUGGGAUGACUUUUCCAAUACUGAAUAGAUGCUGAUAUGAAAUAGAAUGUUGCUUCCGAUUACACUCCUGGACGCCAGCUCACGAGUAAAUCAGGAACUCUCGCAUAUCUUGCACCCGAAGUAUACGGAGGGCAAGGCUAUGGACCUGGUGCUGAUUGGUGGUCCCUGGGUGUUUUGUUUUAUGAAUGUAUUUACAACAAGGUAUGUAAUCUCAUUUUGACCAUAAUCAUACCAGCAACUAAUUUGGUAGCGACCGUUUGAUGGAAGCACACAUUCCACCUUGGCAGCGCAAAUAUCUAAAGCCCAGCCCAAUUUCCCUGUGACCAGUCCUCCGGUAUCUAUGGUUUGUUUACAUGCCAUUAGUUCGGCACUAGAGAUAGAUCCGGCUCAACGAAUUGGAUCGAUGAGUUUCGAGAGCUUCACCGAUAAUCCUUUCUUUAGAGAUAUAGAUUUUGAGGCGCUCGAGAGAAAGGAGGUCGAACCAGUCUUUAUACCAUCAGGAGAAAAGACCAAUUUUGACGCGACCUAUGAUCUAGAGGAAUUACUACUGGAAGAAGCACCCCUGGAAGCACGAGCUCGUCGCCAGAAACCAAGAGAGCAGCUCAGAGAGGAUGCGACAGAUAAGGAGAUUAGGGAAGAUGAACUUUACAGAAUGAUCGAAGCCCAGUUCACAGCAUUCGACUAUACGCAGGCAGCAUUCGAGAAGUGUGUAUAGAAUUCUCCAACCAUGUUUUUUUUAGCUAACCGAUCAAUAGAUACGCAGAGGGACAAGAACAACUUCCCGCGACGAGUGAUAGUCCUAUCGAACCUGCACAAUCGCCAAAGACAGGAGCGCCGUCCGAGGGAAGUGCUGCAGGUAGUGUAGCUGGACAUAGCAGUAAAGGAAGUGUAGCCACCGCUACCCGUCCAGCUUCGAGACUGCGAAGAAAGGGUUCGAAGUCUCAACCAUCCUCGACCUCAGGCUCGCCCCCAAAUGCUCCAGCCCCUCUACCAAAUGGCAAAGCAUCAAAACUGGUCAGUACAAGGUCACACUCAAACUCCAAGCCUCCCGUUUCGCCAUACCACCCAUCUUACAACAGCAAUCGAACCACACAACGACCUGGUGGUUCAAGAAAGGAGUCGAUGGGAGGAGGCAUGCAGGUUGUAUUGGGUGAGACUGGAAGUUGGACUGAACUUGCCAAGAAAGAUGCUACUCUUCCACUCGAUGCAAAAUUACACGAAGAGAGCAAACCUAGUGGCAUGCUAGGUUUCUUGAGCCGAAAGAGAGGCCGCAGUCAUAGCCCAAAACCACAGGAGCGGGGAAUUCUGGGCAAGGAGGGGGCCAGAGUCGUUAUCAACAGCGGGUCAACGGCCAAAUAG